AUGGGAUUCUAUCGUGUCGCAGUGUUCCUCUUGCACCUCUUGGUUUCCGUUGAGUGUGACCUAACGGAGAAGAAGCCAAAUCUGAAAGCUGAGGUGCUGUCAAAAACGGGCAUGGACAUAUCUGAGCUUCAGGAACUUUCAAAAAAAGACUCCACACCACCUCCCAUUAUAUUAAUACCUGGUGAUGGAGGGAGCCAAAUUGAAGCCAAGCUGAAUAAGACCGAUGUCGUUCACUACUUGUGUGACAAACAUACAGAAGAUUUCUUUGACUUGUGGCUGAACCUGGAACUCCUUGUGCCCCUGAUACUGGAUUGUUGGGUGGACAACAUGCGACUGGAGUAUGAUAAUGUGACCAGGACAACACACAAUCCAGAAGGUGUCACAACACGUGUACCUGGUUUUGGCAAUACAACAACUGUUGAGUUUUUGGAUCCCAGCAAUGUUUCUCCAAGCCGGUACUUCAUUGAUGUUGUGAAGGCGCUUCUUGAUGCAGAGAAGAAAUAUAAAAGGGGAGAAACAAUUCUUGGUGCCCCAUUUGACUUUCGUCGUGCUCCAAACGAACUGAGUGAAUAUUUCAUUGAGCUGAAAAAGUUGAUUGAGGACACUUAUGAAAAUCAAGGAAAGCGGAGAGUUGUGUUGUUGGCUCACAGCAUGGGUAGUCUUGUGUCAGUGUACUUUUUGAACCAGCAGUCACAAUCCUGGAAGGACAAGUAUGUUGCAUGUCUCGUGAGCUUGGCAGGUGCAUUUGGAGGGGCUGUGAAAGCCUUGAAAGUGUUUGCAGCUGGGGAAAACCUUGGGAUCAUUGUGUUGAGUCGCAAAGCUCUGCGUACAGAGCAGAUGACUUCUCCAAGUCUGGCCUUCUUACUUCCUUCCAGAACCUUCUGGAACUCGUCUGAAGUGCUUGUGUCACGACCUAGUAAAAAUUAUACUGUUAAUGACUAUGAGGAAUUCUUUAGGGAUAUGAAUUAUUCCAUUGGCUUUGAGAUGUGGAAAGAUACAAGUAAACUUCUAGCAGAUUUCCCUGCACCAAAUGUUGAGAUACAUUGUCUGCAUGGCUAUGGAAUUAAUACAAUUGAGCAGGUCAUCUAUAAAAAGGAAAGUAAUUUCCCAAUGGAUCCAGAUCUCAUCUAUGGUGAUGGGGAUGGAACAGUCAAUAUUCGAAGCCUUCAAGGAUGUUUGAAAUUCAAGGAAAAGCAGAAACAGCAGGUGUAUCAUUUUCCAAUAAAAGGGGCUGAACACAUGGAAAUCAUUCGGGAUCCACAGGCCUUGCAGUAUCUUGUAAAACUUGUGAAAACAGAUAAGGCAAUGGAAAUGCUGAGACAUCUUGGAAGCCUAAAACACAAAAAUGCAAUAUGA